CGCGCGCGGCCGGCUCGAGCGCUCCAGGCCGCCGCCCGCUCUCGCGCCCCUGGCGGGCUCCGCAGGGUGCGGCCGAGGCGGCUGCCGGGGGAGCGCGGGGGUGAGCUGAGGCCGGCGGAAGUUGGGCGCCCGCCCACAGCCUGUGCGGAGCGGGGCCCGUAGGUACCGGCACGAGGGGGGCUGUGCCGCGCUGCUUCGGGCAAACCGUGCCCGCCGCGUGGUGGGGCCCUGCAGUCCCGGCCGAGUCACACCCAGGUGGAGGACCCCGCUGCAGAGCAAAACCCUGCCCCCCCCCGUCUGGACAGAAUCGUCCCACGCGCUGGGUCCGGCCUGUGGGGUGCCAGUGGCACCCCUUCGAGGUGCCUGGAAACGCCAGAUUAUUUCUGUGCCCGCGGGGGGAAUGACCAGAACGAUUUUCCUACCGUGCUGAUGGACUGUGGCUGAAUCCUAGCCCAUUAGUAGCUUUCCUUGGUGGGUGAAAAAUGUGUUGUCUCGGCUUGUAGUAGAAGAGGUUACUAGAUCUUUAAACAUUAAUCGUUCCAAAUGCCAGUUGUCAUCGGUGAAAGAAUGGCUGGUACUGUGCUUGGGGUGGGGCCAGGAGUAUUUAUUUUAGCGCUGCUCUGUGUCUUGAUGUUGCUGCUCUGCAUGCUAUUAUCCAGGACCUCUGGUCUUGCAAGAUUCUCUGUCAUUAUGGUUUUCUUCUCUGCUGUGAUCGUUAUGUUGGUUCUGUUACUUUUCCCUCGUGCCAGUGAGUUCCCAGCACCAGCUACAGAAAUGAAGAUUGUGGACACGUUCUUCAUUGGUCGCUAUGUCCUGGUCUCCCUUCUCAGUGUGACGUUUCUGGGAAGUCUGUUCCUGGUUCUAGUUCACCAUAUCUUGGAGCCAGUGUAUGCUAAACCACUCUGAGUUAACUAGCUAUUCUGAAGAAGGGAAUUCCCCAUGCUCCAAAACAGACAAUAUGUUACCAGUUGGGUAAAGAAAAUAUGCUCCCCUAAUCUCUCCAGAAACCUUUCUUCAAGUGAUGUUAUGAGACCUCCUCUGAUUUCCAGAAUCAGCAUCUGCAUUCUGGGGCCCUGGCAUCUCCAGAAUGAAGUUGUAGAAUGUGUAUGCUUUGGACUGGAUAAUUACCAAAUGUUGCUGCUGUGUCUUUCGAAGCUGAGACAUGUUUCCUGGCAGAGACAGUCCUGUUUACAGAUUUUAUCGUGUCUCCAGUAUUUUUUUUCCAGGGUUACGUGCAUGAUCUCUGUUCUAUGGAAAUUUAGCUGCUCUUGCUUCUCCUAUUCCUCAUCUACAGUUGUAGUCCUGGCUGAAAUUUCCUAAAAGAUCUGAUCCUUACCUGAACCACUGGGGUCUAAAAGUCAGGCUGGAAAUCUUUCCAACAAAGGAGGUGGUGCAGAAUUCCAUGAUGGAGGCCUUUCCUGGUGCUGGUGCUUUUGGCUAAAAGUGGGAAGUAUGGAAAUACAUAAAUAAAAAGGGGAACUGAACUUGGAAGCUUUAGCCCAGUUCAGUUUGAACUGUGGGUGUUAGAAGUUUGGGUUGGUUCACCUGUCCUUGCCGUUUUUGGUAUUGUAAUCAUUCUCGAAACACCUGAGAAAUGAUUUCUGAGGCAAAAGCAAGUGGAGAGGGUAAAUUCAUGGGAAAGUGAGAUCUUAUUUUUAUGGCAAUAAAGAAGCAGGAAUAGGAAGAACUAAAUGUUUCUCACUUUCCCUGGCUUAAAAAGCACUGACGUGGCAGUUCAAAUGUGUUGCUUAUACCCAGCUCUGAAUCCGUGGGCUCUUUCAGAGACACUCUGGCACAAGCAAAUGGAUCCGUGUUGCCAUUCUUGAGCUUGCCCUGAACUGGGGUUUAGUUUGCCGCCUCCUUGCUCCCUUGGAGAGGGUUGGGAAGGGGAUUGUGAGCCCCUCUGUGCAGGGAGCUGAAUGUGCGUGUCACUAGAUAUUCCCACCAGCACUUCAGGCAGGGAAACCUGCUGCAGAAGGUGGAACCACUGAAGGGAUUUGAAGGGAGGCUAGGGACAAAAUGGUAGGAGCAGAUGUGUGGACCUCUCCCCCAUGCUCUUCUGUGGGCUGAGGCGAUCUGGCCUUGAGCCUAGAGCAAGAGUGAAGUUUUGAAAAGCAGCUUGCAUAAAAACAUAACAUUUGAAAAAUGCUGCAGGAGGAGGCUGUGGAGGAAAAGGUAGGACAUGCUGCUUUCCACACAUGACUAGGCCACCUGGGCCCAAACUUUCUACUGUAAAAACCAUCUUUGGGCUGGGAAUUGGGCCUGAGAAAUUGUAGCCCAGAGGGUUUUUUUCCCAGACCCAUUCAAAGUCCUGUAUAAUAUAUAUGCUACCUUAGACACUUCCCUAACACCCAGGGCACUUGACAAAAACAGCUGCUAUGCAGCUAGAGCAUUUUAAUAAAGAAAUCGCACACUCAUUCCAGGGCUAGGCUUUGUCAUGAGCUCUUUUCUUCUCUUCCAGGUAUUCCUUUGCACUCUGUUUUAUUUAGUGAAUUGUAUUUAAUGGAUCCCUAAGGGCUUAUUUGUUGCCCUCCCUUCCUUCUUCAUGCAAGUGCAAAACUAAUGAGUCCCUCUGAGAAGGCAUUGGCUGACUAGUUCCUAGAGGACAAAAUAAAGAUUAAUGUGUUUUUUAGCAAUUUGAUGACCGCUCCAGUCCCUAUAACUGUGGAGGGGCCUUCAUUUAUGAGCAAAGCUGAAGGCUGGAGUUCUGGUGCCACUCACGCCCUUUUGGAAAUUUGCCUUUU